UAUCGGAGAUGGGUUUGCUUCUGCCUUCAGUAGAGUAGGAACUAGGAACUAAGAACAGAACCAUGGCAUUAGUUUGCCGAGUUUUGUCAGCAGCGAGGAGGAGUUUACAACCCAAGGCUUUGGCAAUUUCUAGUAGCUCUCAGCGAUGGUUGAGUAACCAAACGAGUUUGCUUCAGAGGUUGGUUGAGGAACCCAAUUCACGCAUCAAAAGCAUACUUGGUUCCGAGGAAUUCUCUGCCCUCCAAAGCUCUGAUUUUUCCUGGGAAACCCUCCUCACUUCUCUCGCGUCUUCUUCCUCUCCUGAUAAAUCUCGCUUGGUUUUGGAGUGGAAAUUGGAGAACUUGCUUGAGGAGAAUGAGAAAGAUCAUGAUCGGUACUCUGAGCUGAUAUCUCUGUGUGGGAAAAUUCAGAAUCUCCCACUUGCAAUGCAAGUCUUUACUUCUAUGGAGGCUAAUGGAAUCAAACCCACUUCUGCUAUUUUCAAUUCCCUUGUGCAUGCCUGCUUCUCUUCAGGUAAUGUGUCGACAGCUUUCAGCCUAUUUGAGAUAAUGGAGAGCUCGGAGGGAUUUAAACCCAAUUCUGACACUUAUGAUGCAUUCAUGUCUGCAUUCUCAAAGUUGGGCAAAGCUGAUUCUGUGCAAGCUUGGUACUCUGCCAAGAAGGCUGCUGGAUUCAGCUCUGAUGUUCAAACCUAUCAAACUCUGAUUUCCGGUUGCAUCAAAUCGAACAAUUUCAAGUUGGCUGAUUGGUUCUAUGAAGAAAUGGUAUUAUCAGGGCUCAUGCCCAACUUGCCCAUAUUGGAGAAUAUGCUGGAAGGGCUUUGUAAGAGGAGGAGCUUUGAUCAAGUUAAAGAGUUUAUGAAGAUAGUGUUGGAUGCUGGGUGGAAGAUCAAUGAGAAGAUGGCUGAGAUGGUUGUGGGGUUGUAUAUUGAACUUGGGAUGGUGGAGAAAUUGGAGGAGCUACUUGUAGAUUUAAUGGAGACCAAUCAAGUCUCAGAAGUUUUGUUGCUGGUCCACUGUGGGAUUAUAAGGUUGAAUGCUAUGUUGGAUAGAUUGGAUGAUGUGGAGUACUCUGUGGGGAGGAUGCUGAAACAAGGAAUGUCAUUUAAACAUCAUGAUGUUGUUGAAAAGGUAAUCUGCUCGUACUUCAGGUGCUCGGCUUAUGAUAGGCUGGAGCUGUUUUUGGAACGUCUGAAGGGUUCUUAUGAACUUACAAAAUCAACUUAUGAUCUGUUGAUUGCUGGUUAUCGAAGAGCCGGGUGAUCUGACAGGUUGAAUGAUAUGAAAUGUGCUGGGUUUUCGUAGCAUCUGUUACAGCGGUCCAUUUGAUGAUGAGAGGAAAUGUAAGCAAAUCCUCUGUUCUGUUCCUAUCAACCAAAAGGGUUCCUAUUGGCAUACAGGAAAAUCAACCACCAUAGAGGAAGGUCAUCAGUCAUGAUCAAAUCAACCACCUGACGAUAAUUUGUGAAAACCAAGUUGGAUUUUGCAGUUUGCAACAGAGGAUGGGAGUUCAAUCACAAGCUUCAUUUUUCAACCCAAGAAAAACAAGAUUAUCAGUCCUUGGACCAAAUACUCCAAGAAGAGCCUACCCUCCACCUCCCAAAAAAAAAAAAAAAGGAUACUCCAAGAAGAAGACAGGAUCCUACUACUCUUGAGACUUACAUUGUGGGCACCAAGCAUUGCUGUCAUCUACCCAAAUUUUACAUCUUUCUCUGUAUCUUUUUACUAUUUAAUUGGAGCAUCUCCUAGUAGAACACUGCCAACAAUUAAAAUCAAUCAACUUGUAUGCGUCAAUGUGA